AUGCCGUCUGGUACGUCGGCUGGCCGAGAGGGUAAAGGCGUUGAGUCACGUAACUGCCAAUGCCCUCUUAAAAACCCCUCCGUGCAAACCCUACAGGUGCUAUCUCUAAAUGAUGCCAGGUUUGUGACACCAGGUCGGCGGGUUGGCACAGACUGGCACUCAUCCCCUGGUCAACCCAGAAUCUGGCAAAAAUAUGAGACAGAUGCCACAAUGACAUCUAGUUUGGAAAAAUGCACAGCGAAGAGGAGCGUGGGACCUCGAGAUUUGGCGGUGUUGUCAAUAAAGAAACCACGCUCAGCGCAAAUGGGCGGGCCCGACACAAAGCCAAGGUGGAGCAAAGAGGCCAGUUUGAGAAGACGAGGUGUGGAUCAGACCAGAGGACCCAAGUCGCCUACUAAAGCUGUGUAUAAUGCAAGACACUGGAACCAGCCAGAGCCAGAAGAGCUGCUGCCCAUGCCAUCACGAUCUCAGGCUCCUCCAGCCGCUUCAUCGGGAGGCAGUAAAGAGUCGAACUCGCACAAGGACGACGGAGUGUUCAAAGCUCCAGCUCCUCCUCCCAAAGUCAUCAAGUCCGUCACUGUCCCCACAGAACCUUACCAGGACAUGGUCACUGCACUCAAAUGUAGGAAAGAACACAAGGAGUUGUACACCGUUGUUCAGCACGUGAAGCACUUCAAUGACGUAGUGGAAUUUGGCGAGAAUCAGGAGUUCACAGAUGACUUUGAAUAUCUUGCCACUGGUCUGAAGACUGGUCAACCCCUUAACACACGCUGCCUUAGUGUUAUUAGUUUGGCCACGCGAUGCGCCAUGCCCGGUUUCAGGAUGCACCUGAGGGCUCGUGGGAAAGUGGCUCAGGUCUUUAAAACUCUCAAUGAUGCGCCUCAACAUCCAAAUCUAGCUCUGUGUACGGCCUCUCUGAUGUACAUACUCAGCCGAGACCGUUUGAACAUGGACCUGGAUCGGGCAAGUCUGGAUCUAAUGAUUCGCUUGCUGGAAUUAGAACAGGACAAAUCCAUUGCCGAUCAGCUAAACAAAGAGAUGAACAAAGUAAAAGAAAAGAUUCGUAAACUCUGCGAAACCCUCCAUAAUAAGCAUCUUGACUUGGAGAAUAUCACGACAGGACAUUUAGCAAUGGAGACACUGUUGUCGUUGACGUCGAAGAGAGCGGGGGAUUGGUUUAAAGAAGAACUCCGGCUUCUGGGAGGCCUGGACCACAUUGUAGAUAAAGUUAAAGAGUGUGUGGAAAACCUGAGCCGAGAGGAUGAUAAGGAGAACCUAGUGGCGUCAUUGUGGGGUGCUGAGAGAUGUUUGCGCGUUCUAGAAAGUGUAACGGUUCACAAUCCAGAAAACCAGGCCUACCUGAUCGCGUACAAGGACUCUCAGCUCAUAGUGUCUUCAGCAAAAGCAUUACGGCACUGUGAGGAGAUGAUCCAGAGGUACAGUCGAGAGGUGAACAGAGGUCUGUGCUCAUCAGGCACGCCGCUGCCCUACUGCAGCAACAGCAACGUGGGCAAAGCCGUAGAAGACUGUAUGCGAGCUAUCAUUGGCGUCCUGCUAAAUCUCACACAUGACAACGAAUGGGGCAGCACAAAGACGGGCGAGCAAGAGGAUUUAAUCAGCACGGCGCUGCACUGUGUGCUCAGGGUCCCACAGUACCUGCCGCAGGAGCGGAGGUUCGAUAUCAGAGUCCUGGGUCUGGGCUUGCUCAUUAAUCUGGUGGAGUACAGCGCGAGGAACAGACACUGUCUGAUAGAGCUGCAGAUGGAGGGAGUUGAAGUCUGGGACUCCAUGUGUGUGUCUGACAAAGAUGAGUUGCAGACUGGGAGAUCUCUCAGCGCUAUCGCUGCUCUGGUGAAGCUUUUUCUUCAGAGAGAGCAUGCAGCCAUGUUAGCGGAGGCGGAGACGGAUGACUUCAUCAACGAUCCGCCAAAGUCCCAACUGGACCAGAGUGGAGAAUGGAAGGAGACCAAUGAAGAGAUCCAGUGGGUCGCUUCAGAAAACAACAACAGCACAGAGGACAAGAAGAAGGGAGAGGAUGAUGAAGAACUCGAUCUCAACAAAGCUCUUCAGCAUGCUGGCAAGCACAUGGAGGACAGUAUUGUGGCGUCAUACACUGCAUUGCUUUUGGGUUGUCUGUGCCAGGGGAGCCCUAUGAAUGUGACUACUGUGAGGGAAAACCUGCCAAAAGGGGAUUUUUCUGUCAUGACAGAAAUGCUGAAGAAGUUCUUGAAUUUCAUGAACCUUACAUGUGAUGUGGGCACCGCGGGACAGAAGUCCAUCUCCAGGGUCAUUGAUUAUCUGGAACACUGCUAGUGUGUUUGCAGAGCUCCACGCACAGACCUCAGAUCACUGCUGCCCAACCCAACACACCUGGGAAAACUAUCAUCAUCAUCAUCAACCAGUACCUUCCUCAUUCAGACUGUAAAGAAUUAAAUCUAAAGCACAUCAUACUCGCAGAACUCUGUUAAAAAGAUGAUGUUUUGGUUGAGUUUGUCACAAGCUGUUCACCCAUUUCGUCUUAAUGUUUUUGUUACGACAUAAUUGUGUUCCUCGCAUCACAGUCCUCCCCUUAACUGGAGUCUAUUGAUCAGUCACCUUGGAAGCUGGAUUUCAUUGGCAGAAAUGUAGAGAGUGGCUUUGAUAAAAUUUGUUAAAGGAUGUCUCCCCCUGUUUGUUUUAUUCUACUCUCAAGUCUGUGAAUUUAAAAGAGCUCGACGCUGACCUGAACGAUUGGAGGGCGAAUCCAAAACCGCGUCCGAAAUUCUGGUCCUCUUUGAAAUGCCGCAAAGACAUGCCCUCCUAGUUCAAAUCCAUUCUCUUCGCUGCAGGAUGUACUCCCUUUGUGUUGCACAAAUUCGUUUUUAAUCGAUAUCGCUAUGUCAAAGGUCUGCGAAUGAAUAAAUUACAUCACUUUCCAUUUCGCUAGGGCAGGAAAGGGACAAAGUGUUUUUAGAAUGUUUUAGUAGUCGUGAUUUUUUUUUUUUUUUAACCGUAUUGUCCAAAUGCCAGAACGUUAACUGUAGUGUUAACAACCCUGAUGUCCAAACCUUACGACAGUCAGACUUAUCAAAUCGUGCAAUACGCCGAAUUCUGCUUGGCUGAACAGUGUUGUGCAAGAGAGAAACGAUUGGGAAUUUGGGAGUUUUUGAUGCCAGAAAAUCUCAUCCACUGGUUUUUGGGUCGUGGCUACAUGCUAACCCUAAGGUCACCGAAAAAAUCUCCUGCAUGCGCUCCUACUGAAGUUUGGUUAGAGCCAAAGUUACUAUGAGAAUUAAAGAUAAAUGCAAUAACAAUGCUGGAUUCUGUCUAGCAGUGACCUAGGGUCUGCCGUUCAAGUGAGCCAAACGGCAGAGUUUCUUCCUACAUUUCACGAGUUUGUGUCGUAAACUACUUACUGAAUAAGUCCUCUUGUUUAUGGUUGGUGUUUUGAAUACUAGAUUGAAUUUAGCACUUGACGUCUCUCUGAUAAGGCCAGUAGAUUCCAAUUUUAACCGAAAACGUGUUCUGAUCUUCUCAAGGUUGUUUUCAGAAGCGCUCUAUUGUUUGUUCGCCUUCUAAAGCGUUCGCCUUCAGCUGACGUUUUGUUGCUAUUCGUGACUGUAAUAGACUGAAAUAACUUCAAUCCACACAGCUUGGUGAAAGCAAAGCUAAGGAUCUUUUUUUUUUUUUUUUUUUUUUUUCUUCACCGCUUAACUUUUGGUUCACUCUGUUACAUGGAACACUGAGUUGUGAGUGUUUUCCGGGCUGUUCUGGGCACAGUCCUGCAUUCUGCAUCUGAGCUCCAAACAUCACAACGGGAUGGAAUUCACACAGCGGGGAACUGAAUGAAGCAACACAAACUGUAAAUACUCAUGUAAAUAUUGGCUGUUGAAGAACUAGAUAGACUACUUUUCUGAAUCCAAUCGUUUUAUUUUAUACCGCAUUUUUCUCAGUUGUUUUUUGAGGUAAGAGUUAUCGAAAAGCCAACUGCAGGAACAUGGAAUUUGUACCAAUUUCAGAAUAAUGUCUUUGGUUACGUGUACAUAAUUUUAACGCAAAUAAAAUUGCUACUUUCAGUA